AUGGCCGAUCAGCCAAAGUGCAAAAAAUUCCGCCUUUGUACAGAAGAGGACGAGAGUUCCACUUCAAAUGCUUCGUCACAAGAUGAGUCAGUUCGCUCACCAAGUUCAAGUGAUAGUGAAACAAGCCAUGAGAUAGAUAGCAACGCGGACAGUAUUGAUUCGGAAUUCAACGUCAAUGUUGAAUUCAGCGGAUGUAGUAUAAAAGAUACUGAUAGUUACGCAUUACAAAAUUUUUUAGAUAGCCUAUUUUUAGGAUGCAACUUUGACACGAACGAUUUAGCUAUGUUAAUCUCAUCUCAAGCAAAUAUUGGUUCUGUAGUUAUUUCAUCGGGAGAUGAUGAUAAUGAUGAUGAAAAUUACAGAGACAUAUUUGCGUUCAUAACUGCUCUUAAUAUGGCUAACGGAGAGAAUGUUAUUGAUGAAAUUCGUGUUUGGUGCUUGAAUAAUUGUUCCGAUCAAGAAGUAUCGCUGAAGAUGAAUAAGAUUCUAUCCUCCUAUAGUGUAUACAUGCUUUUAUGUGAACGCUUCCUAGAUAUUCCACCGGCUAUUGGACUGAAUUUAUACGAUACACUUAUGAAGGAUUUAAAAACAGAAAAUAUGAAAUUCGACUAUUAUCUCUUGAUACUUAAAACCUUUUCAGCUAAUGACCGAGAUGCAAAAGGAUUUGAGUUUGCUUAUCCCGAAUGUGAAUUAUUAUUUAAUAAAGCCGAGCUAGCGUAUCACGUUAAGAUGCAAGAUAUUAGUUCCACAAGCGUUAACGAAAUGAUUCAGUACUGUUCCGUGGUAAUGAUUAGUACAAAGGAAUUUGAAACUGCGAUUAAUGAUAUGAGAGCGCCUUAUCGGAUCUGA